AAGAAAAAGAAAACCAGUCCCCAAGUCCAAAUACAUAUCGUCUAAACGGAAAUCCGCCCAAAUCUUUGCCCGUUCGCAGUGCAGCUAUUUUGAAGCAGCAACGUUCUUAUCCUCGAUUCACUGAAAGGAAGCAAAUUCCCAAACUGUCGAAAUGGAUCCGGAGGCUGCACGUACAGCACGUGAUUCUCUAGAGCUGGUAUUUCAUAUGUCAAAUAUUCUGGACACAGGCCUCGAUCGUCACACUCUCUCUGUUCUGAUUUCCCUCUGCGAUUUGGGUUUUAACCCUGAGGCAUUGGCUGCUGUUAUUAAGGAGCUUCGCCAAGAAACCCCCUCUUCUUCUUCUCAACAAAGGACGUUGGCUCCAUCAUUGCCUUAGUCAGGUUAAUAUUUAAAAUACCACUCAAAUUACUGUUAGUGGAAUUAUCAAAUUCAUGGGCAUUUUUGGGGUAUUAAACAAUGUAUGAUUUACAGGCUUAUUUGGAUAUGCUCUUCUGUUUUUACUGACUGUAUGUUCUUGUAAUGUACAUUAGCUGAUAAUUAUUGACUUUGUUUCUAGUGUAAAGGAUUUGUGGUUCAAUCCAAAAAUUUGGGUAAAAUAUAA